CAUUGCUCACAUUUCGUUACGUUCAGUUCAGGGAAAGUAAACGCGCGGCGUAUCUCGACCGAUACUGUUGGUGCUGCACUCCAAAAAUGUUUAAAAUGAAGCGAACUCCAGUCCACAUAAAUAGACUUCUACUUUUAGGUUGCGCAUAUCUAAUCUUUCUUUUGCCAUUGACUUUAGCACGAAUACCAAAUUGUGAGUUCCACGAUACUGUCAAUAUAACUGGUAGUUUACGCUACAACAACGGUUCCUAUUUGCAUGAUGGUGUGAUAAUACCACCUAAACUCAUCGGCGAAUAUGAUUAUGAGGUGCUCUAUGACGGUCUUGAAUUGACUGUGGGGAAACAUGUACGCGGUUGUAUCUGUAAACUAAAACCUUGCGUUAAAUUGUGUUGUCGCCCAAAACAAAUUAAAAAAGAAAACUUAAGAGAAUGUGAAAUUGAUGCUAAAACAGAACUUGAACUGUCACCUUACGUGAAUAUAACUUUCAGCAAUGGUACGGAGCAGAGCAUACAUGUAUUAGAGGAAUUUUAUGUUCAGCAUGGAAUACCCUGUUAUGACGCUUACAAGUUGACACCAGAUAGCGAGGAGGACGAUGAAUGGAAACUCUUCGAGAAUGGCACAUUGAUGCGUUUGUUUGACAAUGCCUUAAUGACAAAACGUGAUUAUUGCUUAACACCACAUGAAGUAAGUGGUGUAUAUUUGCUUACUCCAAUGAAUUGUCCAAACUAUGAAGAGCAGUCAAAUAAUCACUUCGCUAACAAUCUUGCAAUGUUAAUAUCUAUACCCUUUUUGGUGUUGACAAUCUUUGUGUAUGUCUUCAUACCGAAAUUGAGGAAUUUGCAUGGAAAAUGCCUUAUUUGCUACUUAUUUUCUUUAACGGUUGGUUAUAGUGUCCUGGUAACCAAUAACUAUUUCAGCAAACAAUAUAAUGAUUUCACUUGCAGUUUUGUAGGAUUCAUGGCUUAUUUCUUUUUUAUCGCGGCAUUUUUAUGGUUAAGUGUGAUAAGUUUUGAUCUCUGGCAUAAUUUCCGAGGCACCAGUUGCAAUGUUAACCGUUAUAUGCAAAACAAACGUUUUGUUAUUUAUUCUCUCUAUGCAUGGGGAAUUGCUGGGAUUCUCACUUUCGCAACCAUACAGGGUCAACUAUCAAGUAUCGAUAAUCAUAUUAAACCCGGAAUUGGCGACGAAUAUUGUUGGCUUAAAACCGAUGAUUGGUCAGCUAUGAUAUAUUUCUAUGGGCCGAUAAUGUUACUAAUUUUAUUUAAUGUGAUUAUGUUUAUACUGACUGCUACAAAAAUUUAUCAAGUUAAAAGGGACUUGGAGCGUAUUGUGGCUCGUGAAAAUGAUCAGAGGUGUUUGCGGUCAGAGAAAGAAAAGUAUGUUCCUUAAGGAAAUUAAUUUAAAGUGGACAUUAAUUAUAUUAAGUCAGGGUGAUUUU